AUGCUUCCUGCCGCAAAAGCCCGGGAAUGGCAGCAGUUACAGUCGAAGAAGUAUGCUGAUAAACGGAAGUUUGGUUUCGUGGAUGCCCAGAAGGAGGACAUGCCUCCAGAGCAUAUUCGCAAAAUAGUCCGAGAUCAUGGCGACAUGACUAAUCGAAAAUUUCGUCACGACAAGAGAGUUUAUUUGGGAGCUCUUAAGUACAUGCCACAUGCAAUAUUGAAGCUUCUGGAGAACAUGCCAAUGCCCUGGGAGCAAAUACGAGAUGUUAAGGUCCUUUACCACAUCACGGGUGCCAUCACCUUCGUGAACGAGAUACCUUGGGUCGUUGAGCCCAUCUACAUUGCUCAAUGGAGUUCAAUGUGGAUCAUGAUGCGUCGUGAAAAGCGGGACCGUCGCCAUUUUAAACGAAUGAGGUUCCCCCCUUUUGACGACGAAGAACCUCCGCUUGAUUACGCGGAUAAUAUCUUGGAUGUGGAGCCCCUUGAACCCAUACAAAUGGACCUUGAUCCAGAAGAGGACGGGGCAAUUGCCGAAUGGUUCUAUGACCGAAAUCCUCUUGCUGAGACUCCGCACGUCAAUGGUAUCACCUAUCGACGUUGGAAUUUGCCGCUGCCGAUAAUGUCGAAUCUGUACCGUCUUGCCAACUGUCUUUUGACGGAUCUUGUUGAUGACAAUUACUUUUACCUGUUCGACCUCAAGUCCUUCUUUACGGCAAAAGCCCUUAACGUAGCACUGCCAGGUGGUCCGAAGUUUGAACCUCUGGUAAAGGACAAGAAUCUCGAUGACGAGGACUGGAACGAAUUCAAUGAUAUUAAUAAAAUCAUAAUCCGUCAGCCAAUUCGCACGGAAUAUCGCAUCGCAUUUCCAUACUUAUACAAUAGCUACCCUUUCCAAGUUCACCUUUCCUGGUAUCACACCCCUAAUGUACUUUUCAUCAAAACGGAGGACCCUGAUCUUCCGGCAUUUUACUUUGAUCCUCUCAUCAACCCAAUUUCACAGCGCCAUGCUGUGAAGGUUCCAGAGGCCCAUGUGCCAGACAUUGCUGAGGAUGAGGAGGAAUUUUGUCUACCAGAAUAUUACAGGCCCUUUAUGUCUGACGUUCCUUUGUAUACAGACAAUACAGCUAAUGGCAUCGGAUUGCUGUGGGCCCCUAGACCGUUCAAUCUUCGAUCAGGAAGCACUCGACGAGCCAUUGAUGUUCCAUUGGUCCAAACGUGGUACCGAGAGCACUGCCCCUCCGGCAUGCCUGUUAAAGUGCGUGUCUCCUACCAGAAGCUGCUCAAGUAUUUUGUGCUCAACGCCCUGCACCAUCGAAAACCCAAGCCACAGCGUAAGCGAUAUCUCUUCCGCUCGUUCAAAGCAACAAAGUUCUUCCAAGCCACGACGUUAGAUUGGGUUGAGGUUGGUCUUCAGGUUUGUCGGCAGGGCUACAACAUGCUUAACCUCCUUAUCCAUCGGAAGAAUCUCAAUUACCUUCACCUUGACUACAACUUCAACCUGAAGCCAGUGAAGACGCUGACGACGAAGGAGCGUAAGAAGUCACGUUUCGGAAAUGCUUUUCAUCUCUGCCGUGAGAUCCUUCGCCUAACCAAACUCGUGGUUGACAGCCACGUCCAGUAUCGUCUUGGCAAUGUUGAUGCCUACCAGCUCGCUGAUGGUUUGCAGUACAUAUUCUCGCACGUGGGUCAACUUACUGGGAUGUACCGCUACAAGUACAAGCUCAUGAGGCAGAUUCGAAUGUGCAAGGAUCUCAAACACCUGAUCUACUAUCGAUUUAACACGGGUCCCGUGGGCAAAGGCCCUGGAGUCGGGAUGUGGGCGCCAGCCUGGCGAGUGUGGCUCUUCUUCAUGCGUGGAAUCACUCCGCUCCUCGAACGCUGGCUCGGUAACCUUCUGUCGCGUCAAUUCGAGGGCCGUCACUCCAAGGGUGUGGCCAAGACGGUAACCAAACAGCGCGUUGAAUCCCACUACGACCUGGAAUUGCGUGCAGCUGUGAUGCACGACAUUAUCGACAUGAUGCCGGAGGGCAUCAAGCAGAACAAAGCCCGAACUAUUUUGCAACACUUGAGCGAAGCCUGGCGAUGCUGGAAGGCGAACGUACCCUGGAAGGUUCCGAACAUGCCUAUUCCGAUUGAAAACAUGAUUCUGCGCUAUGUGAAGGCCAAGGCAGACUGGUGGACGAAUACGGCUCACUACAAUCGCGAGCGUAUUCGCCGCGGCGCUACAGUCGACAAGACCGUGUGCAAGAAGAACCUUGGUCGUCUCACACGUCUUUACUUGAAGGGGGAGCAGGAACGGCAGCACAAUUACCUUAAAGACGGUCCCUACGUCACGCCAGAGGAGGCUGUUGCCAUCUACACCACUACGGUGCACUGGCUUGAGAGUCGUCGUUUCUCACCCAUCCCAUUCCCUCCGCUGAGCUACAAACACGACACCAAGCUGCUCAUUCUUGCACUUGAGCGACUUCGGGAGUCCUAUAGUGUGAAGAACCGGUUGAACCAAUCGCAGCGUGAGGAGUUAGGUUUAAUUGAACAGGCCUACGACAAUCCACACGAGGCACUGAGUCGAAUCAAGCGGCAUCUGCUCACUCAGCGUGCAUUCAAGGAGGUUGGAAUUGAGUUCAUGGACUUGUACAGCCACCUUGUGCCCGUGUAUGAUGUGGAGCCUCUCGAAAAGAUUACGGACGCCUACCUGGACCAGUAUUUGUGGUACGAGGCCGACAAGCGAAGACUGUUUCCUCCGUGGAUCAAACCCGCUGACUCCGAACCACCACCACUUUUGGUCUACAAGUGGUGCCAGGGCAUCAAUAAUCUUAAAGAUGUGUGGGAGACGGCUGAAGGUGAGUGCAACGUGCUGCUGGAGACGCGCUUCGAGAAGGUCUACGAGAAGGUUGACCUAACCCUGCUCAACCGUCUGCUGCGCCUCAUCGUCGACCACAACAUCGCAGACUACAUGACCGCGAAAAACAACGUCGUGAUCAACUACAAGGACAUGAACCACACCAACAGCUACGGCAUUAUUCGCGGCCUCCAGUUCGCCUCCUUCAUCAUGCAGUACUACGGUCUCGUUCUGGACCUCCUAGUUGUUGGUCUUGAGCGCUCUUCUGAGAUGGCCGGUCCGCCACAGAUGCCCAACGACUUCUUGCAGUAUCAGGACACAGCAACAGAGAUUGCGCACCCAAUUCGCCUGUACACGCGCUACGUGGACCGUUUGUGGAUGUUUCUGCGUUUCACCGCCGAGGAGGCACGUGACUUGAUCCAGCGCUACCUCACGGAGCACCCAGAUCCAAACAACGAGAACAUCGUCGGCUACAACAAUAAGAAGUGCUGGCCCAGAGACUCGCGUAUGCGCCUGAUGAAACACGACGUGAACCUCGGCCGAGCCGUCUUCUGGGACAUCAAGAAUCGCCUUCCUCGCUCCGUGACAACGAUCGACUGGGAGAGCUCGUUUGUCUCCGUGUACUCGAAGGAUAACCCGAAUUUGCUCUUCGCCAUGUGUGGCUUUGAGUGCCGUAUCCGUCCAGCGUGUCGCGCCCCCAGCCAAGCCUCCGAAAUCAACCUGCCCGGUGGUGUGUGGCACUUACAGAAUGAGGUUCGUGAUCGGGGAGGUCUAAUUGGUUGUGCGCGUUCUCGUGGUUUCCAAACAAGUGUUGAGUGUAUUCUUCAUGGCAUUGUGACGAAAGAACGCACAGCGCAGUGCUUCCUCCGCGUGGACGACGAGUCGAUGCAGCGUUUCCACAACCGCGUUCGCCAGAUCCUCAUGGCCUCGGGUUCGACUACUUUCACGAAAAUCGUGAACAAGUGGAACACAGCACUUAUCGGUCUCAUGACCUACUUCCGCGAGGCCGCCAGUUCCACAGUGCCGCUCCUCGACCUGCUCGUCAAGUGCGAGAACAAAAUCCAGACUCGCAUCAAAAUCGGCCUCAACUCCAAGAUGCCCGCCCGUUUUCCGCCUGUCGUCUUCUACACACCUAAGGAGUUGGGUGGUCUUGGGAUGCUGAGCAUGGGUCACGUGCUGAUUCCGCAGUCGGACUUGCGUUGGUCCAAGCAAACGGAUGUCGGCAUCACUCACUUCCGUUCCGGUAUGAGUCAUGACGAGGACCAGGUCAUUCCCACCCUCUUCUCCUACAUCCAGACCUGGGAGACUGAGUUCCGCGACUCCCAAUCCGUCUGGGCGGAAUACGCGCUCAAGAGGCAGGAGGCGAACGCCCAAAACAGGCGUCUGACAUUGGAGGACCUCGAGGACAGCUGGGAUCGCGGUAUACCACGGAUCAACACCCUCUUCCAGAAGGAUCGGCACACCCUGGCCUACGACAAGGGUUGGCGCGUGCGCACCGAGUUCAAGCAGUACCAAGUGCUCAAACAGAAUCCCUUCUGGUGGACGCAUCAGCGUCACGACGGCAAGCUCUGGAACCUCAACAACUACCGAACGGACAUGAUCCAGGCGCUCGGUGGUGUUGAAGGCAUCCUUGAACACACGCUCUUCAAGGGCACCUACUUCCCAACCUGGGAAGGUCUGUUCUGGGAGAAGGCGAGCGGCUUUGAGGAGUCGAUGAAGUACAAGAAAUUGACCAAUGCCCAGAGGUCUGGUCUUAAUCAGAUUCCUAAUCGUCGUUUCACCUUGUGGUGGUCACCGACAAUUAAUCGUGCUAACGUGUAUGUUGGUUUCCAAGUGCAGCUGGACUUGACAGGCAUCUUCAUGCACGGCAAAAUUCCCACCCUGAAAAUCUCCCUGAUCCAGAUUUUCCGAGCUCACUUGUGGCAAAAGAUCCACGAGUCUGUUGUGAUGGAUCUGUGUCAGGUCUUUGACCAGGAGCUCGACGCCCUCGAAAUAGAGACUGUCCAGAAGGAGACCAUUCACCCGCGCAAGUCCUACAAAAUGAACUCCAGCUGCGCCGACAUCCUCCUCUUCGCCUCCUACAAGUGGCCCGUCUCCAGACCCAGUUUGUUGGCUGAUUCAAAAGACGUGAUGGACGGUACAACAACACAGAAGUACUGGAUCGACGUGCAGUUGCGUUGGGGUGACUACGACUCCCACGACGUGGAACGUUACUGUCGAGCCAAGUUCCUCGACUACACCACCGACACCAUGUCCAUCUACCCCUCACCCACUGGUGUCAUGAUUGCCAUCGACCUUGCCUACAACCUCCACAGCGCCUAUGGCAACUGGUUCCCCGGAUGCAAGCCCCUCAUUCAACAGGCCAUGCUGAAAAUCAUGAAGGCGAACCCGGCCUUGUAUGUGCUGCGCGAACGCAUUCGCAAGGCCCUACAGCUGUAUUCCAGUGAGCCCACUGAACCGUACCUCAGUUCGCAGAACUACAACGAGCUCUUUUCCAACCAGACCAUCUGGUUCGUGGAUGACACCAACGUCUACCGCGUCACCAUCCACAAGACAUUUGAGGGUAACCUCACCACGAAGCCGAUAAACGGUGCCAUCUUCAUCUUCAAUCCGCGCACAGGUCAGCUCUUCCUCAAGAUCAUCCACACCUCUGUGUGGGCGGGUCAAAAGCGUCUUGGGCAGCUGGCCAAGUGGAAGACGGCUGAAGAAGUGGCGGCUCUCAUUCGGUCCCUGCCCGUCGAGGAACAGCCCAAACAAAUCAUCGUCACUCGCAAGGGCAUGCUUGAUCCCCUGGAGGUGCAUCUUCUCGACUUCCCCAACAUUGUCAUCAAGGGUUCGGAAUUGCAGCUGCCUUUCCAGGCCUGCCUGAAGGUGGAGAAGUUCGGUGACCUGAUUUUGAAGGCGACAGAGCCACAAAUGGUGCUCUUCAACCUCUACGACGACUGGCUCAAGUCGAUUAGCUCGUACACCGCCUUCUCGCGUCUAAUUCUCAUCCUGCGUGCUCUCCACGUGAACAACGACAAGGCGAAGGUCACUCUGAAGCCGGACAAGACCACGAUCACCGAGCCUCAUCAUAUCUGGCCGACGCUCACCCCUGAGGAGUGGAUCAAGGUGGAGUACCAGCUCAAGGAUCUCAUCCUUGCUGACUACGGCAAAAAGAACAAUGUCAACGUGGCCUCGUUGACGCAGUCGGAGAUUCGUGAUAUCAUCCUCGGCAUGGAGAUAUCGGCACCAUCACAACAGCGUCAGCAGAUCGCGGAGAUCGAGAAGGCUGCAAAGGACCAAGCCCAGCUCACCGCGACGACCACGAAGACUGUGAACAAGCACGGCGAGGAGAUCAUCUCCACGACUACCUCCAACUACGAGAAACAGCAUUUCAGCAGCAAGACCGAGUGGCGAGUACGUGCCAUCUCUGCGACCAACCUCUACCUCCGCACCAACAACAUCUACGUCAGCUCGGACGACAUCAAGGAGAAUGGGUACACGUACAUUCUGCCGAAGAAUGUCCUCAAGAAGUUUAUCACCAUUUCUGAUCUUAGGGCCCAGAUCUGCGGCUACCUCUACGGCAUCUCACCUCCAGACAACAAUCAGAUUAAGGAGAUCCGAUGCAUAGUGAUGCCUCCGCAGUGGGGUACCCACCAGACGGUUCACGUGCCCGAAGGUCUUCCACAGGACGAGUACCUUCGUGAAAUGGAACCUCUUGGGUGGAUCCACACGCAGCCCAACGAGCUGCCACAGCUCUCGCCCCAGGAUGUGACGACGCACGCCAAACUCUUUGCUGAACACGACGGCGAGCGGACGAUAGUGAUUACGUGCAGUUUCACGCCGGGUUCGGUGUCGCUGUGUGCCUACAAGCUGACCCCAGGCGGUUACGAGUGGGGUCGGCAGAACACGGACAAGGGCAACAACCCCAAGGGGUACUUGCCAAGCCACUACGAGCGCGUCCAAAUGCUCCUCUCCGAUCGAUUCCUCGGCUUCUUCAUGGUGCCCGCUCAGGGCUCGUGGAAUUACAACUUCAUGGGUGUUCGCCACAAUCCCAACAUGAAGUACGAACUGCAGCCGCUGAAGCCGAAGAAGUUCUACCACCGCAUCCACCGACCCUCGCACUUCCUCGACUUCACGAACGUCGAGGAGAGCGAGUCGUACUCAGCCGAUCGCGAGAACCCCCUGGGCUAG